GCAGCAGGAGGGAGGCUCAGAGCUCUAAGCAUCCAACGGGGAGAGGAGAUGUGUCGUCCCCAUUGCCCACUGUUGCUGGCCCUGCUGCUGCUGCUCUCCUGCCCACGGGCUGAUGGCAGUGCUCUGCGGGGUCGGAUCAUUGGGGGCCACGAGGCCCAGCCCCACUCCCACCCCUACAUGGCGUACCUGAAGGUGGGGCAUUCUGCCUGCGGGGGGUUCCUGGUGGCCUCCGACUGGGUGAUGACGGCCGCACACUGCUUGCUGGGGAACAUCACCGUCAUCCUGGGGGCUCACGAGAUCUACCAACCAGAGCAGAGCCAGCAGGUCCGCGGGGUCCUCAGAUACCACCCACACCCUGCGUACAACCCCGACACCUUGGCCAACGACAUCAUGCUGCUCAAGCUGACAGCAAAGGCCAAGCUCAACAAAUACGUCCGCACCGUUGAGCUGCCCAAAAGCAGCAGCUACCUCCCCACGGGCACCUCGUGCACCAUAGCAGGAUGGGGCCUGAUUGAUAAGGACCAGAUAACAGACAAACUCUUCGAAACCAAAGUCUCCAUCUACAGCCGCAGGAAGUGCAUUCUGUUCUACCCACACCUCGACGACGGCAUGGUGUGUGCCGGCAGCUUCCACGAGCUGAAGGACUCCAGCCAGGGUGAUUCCGGAGGGCCACUGGUGUGCAAUAAGGUUGCUCAGGGUGUUGUUUCCUUCGGGUACGACAGCCCGCCUGGUGUCUAUGCUCGCAUUGCCAACUACCUACCCUGGAUCAAGCAAAUCAUGAGGAAGUAACGGUGCAGCGCCAGCCCUGGAGACCUGCUGGGUUCCUUCCUGCCCCCACUGAUGGCUCCAUUCCCCUCUCUGUCCCUGGGAACCCAAGUGUCCCAAUGGAUGCCCAUAAGGUCCCUCCCUUUGCUCCAAGGCUGAUGGCUGUCCCACUGCCGGCCCAUUUUGGUGCCACAUUGUCACCCAGCAGAAUUCCCAUGUGGCACCAGAAUGCAGUGGCACUACUGCAGAACCCCUUUCCCUUGGACACCCCUUCCCUGCUUGAUCCUGAAACACCCCCAGUAAACUCUGAGC